ACUUUCAAAAAGAGCGCGAUCGCGAGCGUACGCACCGACAAUUCUUGUGUUAUUAUUUAUUACUUUAAUUUUGUGAAAAUGACGGUGAAUAAAACGACAAAAACAAAGAAAAAAACCACCGCUGCUGCCUCAACCUCCACGGCAACAACUUCCAAAGUGACAAAAUCGACGAAAACCUCCAAAGUGGUAGACGGUGAGCUCUCCAAAGCCUCCUCCUCGUCCAGUUUGCAAAUCUCAGACAUUUCCCACUUACCGGUCGACGCCAACAUCGUCACCUACACGGUAACAGAGACUUUACCGACCGGUGGUGGCGAAAAAAUCACAGUUUAUGGCGAAACGGGCGCUACUAGCACCGAAUACAGACACUUUAUCGCACAAGACUCGAAAAACGCCACGACAAUCACCCAACUCAGCUCGAAAUUAAACAGAUCGACUUCGAAUAUCUCACAGGAAUCCGGCUCGACUUACACUGUCACCGAACCAGUGGAAGAACUCAAACUAACUUACAACAAAAACGACUCUGGAUGGAACGGAAAGUUUAUUUACGAACAACCUGUGGCCAAAAAGGGCCAAGGGACUGUUGUUGAACACUCCUCGACGUCAACUUCGCACGAGGAGCGCUCCUCAAUAGCCAAAAGCUCCUCCAGUAGCUAUGUCAUCGAGAUUGUCAACGGGAAAGAAAGGAUAAUCGACCAGAAACACCACGAGUCGGGUAGUGCCACUUCUGCCGUCAACGACGAACACUUAGCGAUGAAAAGUGGCACUAAUAUCACCCCAGAAAUACACUACAAGCAAGGGGCGAAGACCUCUUCCACCAAGUAUGACACUGCACGUCCUGAGUUGACUCAACCCAAAACCAAAACCUCAGAAUCGGUGAGGGAAGUGCACCAAAUCGGCGAUUCAGUAUCGACAACAGCCCACGCAAUACAAGAUUCACACCAAACUGACAAAACUAGUGAUAAAGCUAGUGACAGAAAGACAAAGAGUGAAGUAGUGGAUUCCACAUCUAAUAUUAGCAAAACUGUGAGAGAUGGAGGAGUUUCUUGUAGUAAGACAAAAGAUUCAGUUGAUUCAAAAACCUACACCAAAAGUAGUGAUAUCAAAGAAGAUUUCACCUCAUCGACAACUUAUUACGACUCCAAGGGGAACAUCAUCAAAACUGUGAAAGAUGGGGAAGUUUCAGGUAGCACAAGACGAGAUUCUGCUGAUUCCAACCAAACCUACACCAUUAGUGACAAAACUAGUGAUAUUAAAAAGUCAACAGUAGCAGAUUUCACCUCGUCGACAACUUAUUACGACUCCAAGGGGAACAUCAUCAGAACUGUGAGAGAUGGGGAGGUUUCUGGUGGUAAGGGAAGAGUUGAUAAAUCUAGUGACACAAAGAAUUUCGCAUCGUCGACAAGUUACUACGACUCCAAGGGGAACAUCAUCAGAACGGUGAAAGAUGGGGAAAUUUCUAGUGACAAGAGACGAGAUUCUGCUGAUUCGAGCCAAACCUACACCAUCAGUGACAAAUCUAGUGAUAUUAAAAAGUCAACAGUAGCAGAUUUCACCUCGUCGACAAGUUAUUACGACUCCAAGGGGAACAUCCUCAGAACUGUGAGAGAUGAGGAGGUUUCUGGUGGUAAGGGAAGAGUUGAUAAAUCUAGUGACACAAAGAAUUUCGCAUCGUCGACAAGUUAUUACGACUCCAAGGGGAACAUCAUCAGAACGGUGAAAGAUGGGGAAAUUUCUAGUGACAAGAGACGAGAUUCUGCUGAUUCGAAGCAAACCUACACCAUUAGUGACAAAACUAGUGAUAUAAAAAAGUCAACAAUGGCAGAUUUCACCUCCUCGACAACUUACUACGACUCCAAAACUGUGAAAGAUGGGCAAGUUUCUAGUGACAAGAGACGAGAUUCUGCUGAUUCGAGCCAAACCUACACCAUCAGUGACACCACUAGUGAUAUAAAAAAGUCAACAAAGAGUGAAGUAACAUCCAAGAAAAGAGAUUCGAUUGAUUCGAACCAAACCUACACCAUUAGUGACAAAACGUCAAAAGGUGGCGAUUUGACGACCACCACCACUACAAGUUACUAUGACUCCAGAGGGAAUGUCAUUAAAACGGUCAAAGAUGUGGACAUGGGGGAAAUCCCCGGUAAAAGGCGCGAUUCAGUCGACUCAAACCGGACUUACACCCUAAGUGAGAAGAGUUUCGUCGACGAUUCGACUUUUGAUGAGGUUUCCAAACGUCGAACAGCGCAAACCACCAGCGAUUCGCGCAAUUUCUACGGCCAUGGAGUCGACUCGUCCAACACCGUCGUGAAGAACGUUUACGACGAUAAAGCCGUCCAGAACACAAUUGGUACCAAAGGUAGAAUAAUAAAGGAUGACACAAUCGAUUCCACCGAUUUGGUCUAUUCGAACGAACGGAAUUAUGGGAAGACGGGGUGGAAUGGGAAGUUCACCUACGAGACUCCAAAGCGGUCGCCUUCGCCGGGGAAAAAGUCCGAUAAAAGAGCACCGUCGCCCGCGGCCCCAAAAAGGGGGACUUCCCCGGGGAAAAAGUCCGAUAAGAGAACACCGUCUCCCGCGGUCCCAAAAAAGGGGACUUCGCCGGGGAAAAGAACAAGAAACGUGACUGAUACCGUCCAGGAUUUUUUAUCGACUGAAAUUAAUGAAAACAUCAACCAGAGUAGUGCGAAAAGUUUUGACCAAGUGACCGAACACAUGGUGCCAACUGAAACCUUUGAAAGUUUCCAGACAAUUUCAUCCGACUCGAAAACUAGUUUUACUUCAGAUAGGAAGAGUUUUGUUGAUAAUCAGAGCAACAUCGAGAGUUACACCGUCUACGAGGGGCCUCGAUUGCCGGUGACAGAUUUUGUUGAGCAAAGUGAGAUUGUUGACAUCAAAAAUGUGACUGAUGUAAGAGAUACAAAAGUGACGAAUUUUGUGGAUAGGAAAGCGACUGUGGAACAUGUCACCAGCAAGGACGUGACUGAUUUUAGGACUUCGAAGGAUGUGACCGAUAAAGUCAAUAAAGUACACAUUGAAGAAAAUAUCGUCGAUAUUAAAACUAUCGACGAAGUCGAAAAUAUUACAAACAUCAACCGCUUCAGCGAUAAUAAAGUGAUCAAUAUUGUGAAGACCAUCAAAGAAGCCCCCAAACCUGCAACGAUCAAAAUCCCCAAUAAGGAGCAAUGCAUUUGCGAAUUGUGCACGUGUGGACGUCACACGUGUCCUCACAACCCAGACGAGUACAACGACCACUUGCACCUAGACGGCCCAUUUCUAGGUCAACCUAAAGACGAGUACAACGCAACUAGAGGCGAAAGAGCCCCAAUAAUCAUACCUAAAGACAACCUAAAACCUGAGGGUGAAUUUGAAAAACGCCAACCCCAAAAAUGGCAACCUGGCGAAAGAGUCCCUGUGAAAAUACCACAAGAUCAUUUGAAACCUGAAGGAGAAUUUGAAAAGAGACGUCCUGAAGAAUGGAAACCUGGGGACAGAGCACCCGUUAAGAAACCCCAAGACAACCUCAAACCGGAAGGUGAUUUCGAGAAGAGGAAACCACAACCUUGGGCACCUGGAGAGAGGGCCCCGGUGAGAAAACCGGAAGACAACCUAAGACCAGAGGGUGAUUUCGAGAAGCGCCGCCCGGAGGAAUGGAAACCUGGGGACAGAGCACCCGUUAAGAAACCCCAAGACAACCUCAAACCGGAAGGUGAUUUUGAAAAACGCAAACCGGAAGAAUGGAAACCUGGCGAAAGAGCCCCUGUCAAAAAACCAGAAGAUAACCUCCACCCAGAGGGAGAUUUCGAAAAACGCCAACCUCAGAAAUGGUCCCCGGGAGAAAGACCAAAACCGAAGAAACCCACCGAUAAUUUGCGUCCUGAAGGCGAGUUUGAGAAGCGGACGCCUGAAAAAUGGGCUCCGGGUGAACGAGAACCAGUGAAGAAACCUAAGGAUAAUCUGAAACCGGAAGGGGAUUUUGAGAUUCCUGAGCCUGAGCAAUGGAAACCAGCUGAGAGACCUAAGGCCACUAAACCUAAAGAUAACCUACAACCUGAAGGUGAUUUUGAAAGACCCGAGCCUAAGAAAUAUCUACCGGGGGAGAGACCAGUGGCGAAGAAACCUCAAGAUAAUUUGAAACCUGAAGGUGAAUUCACUGGGACUAGGACCAUUAUUGAAGAUUACCGUGUGAUUCGGGGAGAACGCGCCGAUAUUAAGCGACAUGAAGACAACAUUACUAUCGGAGGUGAAUUUAUAGAUGAAACUACCACUAAAGUUGAUUUUAAUGGCGAGUUAGUACCGAGACCUAGCCCUAUUCGGCGCAACACUUGGACAAAAAUUGAAGGCGAAUUUACCACAGAUACGACCAAUAAAUCGGAAUUUGUUGAUUACAGCACUGUUGUUGAAAGAACGCAACUUGUAAAAAGACGUCGAGAUAAUCUCACUGUUGAGGGCGACAUGACAUUCGAUACUUCAACAACAUUAGACUAUACUGAAAAAACACCAGAAUACGAACAAAGACGUCGAAGAACUUGGACAAAAGAUGACGUGGAUAAAUUUUAUUCAACGCAAAAUACUGAAACGACAACAACUACACAAGAAGUUUACAAACAGUUCAAUAACCAAGACGUUCGUCAAACAAUUGUUGUUCAUAGAGAUAACCUCAGGCCGGAAGGACCAUUUGAAGGAGUGCCAAAAUCAAAGGACGAUUUUGUUCCUAAAUUUGUUGAACGUCCUAAACCGAAGAAACCGGAAGAUAAUUUAAGACCGGAAGGUGAUUUCGAGAAACGUACUCCAGAGAAAUUUAUUCCAGCUGAAAGGCCUAAACAGAAAAAGCCUGAGGAUAAUUUGAGGCCUGAAGGAGAUUUCGAACGUCCGGAAAAACCGCAAUAUAAACCUGCUGAAAGACCUAAACAAAAAAGACCAGAAGAUAAUCUUCGUCCAGAAGGUGAAUUUGAAAGACCGACUCCAACCAAGGUUGGGCCUGGUGAACGCAGAAGUCCAAUUAAACACCAUGAUAACCUUAGACCUGAAGGCGACUUUGAAAGACCAGAAAAGCCUGGAUAUAGGCCUGCAGAACGUCCACAACCUAAAAAACCUGAAGAUAAUUUGAGACCAGAAGGUGAUUUUGAACGUCCAGAGAAACCUGGUUAUCGCCCAGCUGAACGUCCAAAACAGAAACGCCCUGAAGAUAAUUUGAGGCCUGAAGGCGAAUUUGAAAGGCCUGAAAAACCUAGUUUUAGGCCUGCUGAACGUCCACAACAAAAACGCCCUGAAGAUAAUUUGAAGCCUGAAGGUGACUUUGAAAGACCUGAAAAACCUGGUUACAGGCCUGCUGAACGUCCACAGCAGAAACGUCCUGAAGACAAUUUAAGACCAGAAGGUGAUUUUGAACGUCCAGAGAAACCUGGAUAUCGCCCAGCUGAACGUCCAAAACAGAAACGCCCUGAAGAUAAUUUGAGGCCUGAAGGUGAUUUUGAGAGGCCGGAGAAACCACAAUAUCGUCCUGCUGAACGUCCAAAACAGAAGAAACCAGAAGAUAAUCUUCGUCCUGAAGGUGACUUUGAACGACCGACUCCAACGAAGAUUGGGCCUGCUGAAAGAAGAACACCUAUUAAACAUGACGAUAAUCUUCGACCGGAAGGAGAAUUUGAACGGCCAGAAAAACCAGAGUACAGACCAGCAGAACGUCCGAAACAAAGACGUCCAGAAGAUAAUCUGAGACCAGAAGGAGAUUUUGAAAGACCAACUCCUACGAAAAUUGGGCCAGCAGAACGCAGAACACCAAUUAAACAUUAUGAUAAUCUUCGUCCUGAAGGUGAUUUUGAACGUCCUGAAAAACCAGAAUAUCGUCCCGCUGAAAGACCCAAGCAAAAACGUCCUGAAGACAAUCUUCGACCAGAAGGUGACUUUGAACGUCCUGAAAAACCUCAUUAUAGACCGGCUGAAAGACCUCAACCUAAAAGACCUGAAGAUAAUCUUCGCCCUGAAGGUGACUUUGAAAGACCGAGUCCCACUAAGGUUGGUCCUGCUGAAAGAAGAACACCAAUUAAGCACGAUGAUAAUCUUCGACCUGAAGGGGACUUUGAACGUCCUGAGAAACCAGAAUAUCGACCAGCUGAAAGACCCAAGCAAAAACGUCCUGAAGACAAUCUCCGUCCUGAAGGUGACUUUGAAAGACCAACUCCAACGAAGGUUGGCCCUGCUGAAAGAAGAACACCAAUUAAGCACGGUGAUAAUCUUCGUCCUGAAGGUGACUUCGAGCGUCUAGAAAAACCACAGUAUAGGCCAGCUGAGAGACCUCAACCUAAAAGACCUGAAGAUAAUCUUCGUCCUGAAGGUGACUUUGAAAGACCGAGUCCAACGAAGGUUGGGCCUGCUGAAAGAAGAACACCAAUUAAGCACGGUGAUAAUCUUCGUCCUGAAGGUGACUUCGAGCGUCCAGAAAAACCACAGUAUAGGCCAGCUGAAAGACCUCAACCUAAAAAACCAGAAGACAAUCUUCGCCCUGAAGGUGACUUUGAAAGACCAACUCCAACGAAAGUUGGUCCUGCUGAAAGAAGAACACCAAUUAAGCACGAUGAUAAUCUUCGACCUGAAGGAGACUUUGAACGUCCUGAAAAACCUGAAUUCAGACCAGCAGAACGUCCAAAACAGAAGAAACCUGAAGAUAAUCUUCGUCCAGAAGGAGAAUUCGAAAGGCCCACACCUACUAAAGUUGGACCCGGUGAACGCAGAAGUCCAAUUAAACACCACGAUAAUCUCAAACCUGAAGGGGACUUUGAAAGGCCCGAAAAACCUAAAUUUAAACCAGCUGAAAGACCUCAACCUAAAAAACCUGAAGAUAAUCUUAAACCUGAAGGUGAAUUUGAAAGACCUGAGUUGAUAGAAGUGGGACCUUGUGAAUUACGGAAGCCUAUCAAACAUGAAGAUAAUCUCAAACCUGAAGGAACACUUAUCGUUACCAGAAAAGACGAUUACAAUGUUGUAAAAGGAGAAAGAGUUGAUAUAAUCAAACGUGAAGAUAAUUUACGAGUGGAAGGAGAAUGGGAUAUACGACGUAGAGACGACUAUAGUAAUACCACAGUCGUAGAUCGUGUCGAUGUUAUCAAACGACAAGAUAAUUUACGUGUUGAAGGAGAAUUUACCGAUAUGCGUACAAGAGAUGAUUAUAAAGUUGUCAAAGGUGAAAGAUACGAUACUGUUAUUCACCAAGACAAUUUGAAAACAGAAGGCGAAUUUAGAAGUAGUAGAACUAGUGACGAAUACUCAGCCGUCAAAGGAGAACGAGCUGAAAUUAUCACCAGACAAGAUAAUUUAAGAAUGGAAGGAGAAUUCAACGAAUAUCGAAAACGAGACGAAUACAACACUCGAGUUAUUGAAAAGACAGAAGUUAUUCGUCAUGAAGACAACUUGAAAUUGGAGGGCACCUUCGAAAGACCUUCUGUUGUCCAAGUGGGCCCAGGGGAGCGCCGCAGACCCAUCAAACAUGACGAUAAUUUACACCCGGAAGGAGACUUUGAACGUCCAGACCGUCCUGGCUAUAAACCAGCCGAAAGGCCGUCACCAAUUAAACCCCAAGACAACCUCAAACCUGAAGGACAAUUCGAACGACCAAAAUCGCCAGGUUUCUUACCAGGAGAACGUCGUACUCCCAUUCGUCACGAAGACAAUUUGCAUCCAGAAGGAGACUUUGAACGUCCUCACAAACCACAAUACCAACCAGUUGAACGUCCAACUCCUAAGAAACCUAAAGACAACCUAAAACCCGAAGGUGCAUUUGAACGUCCUACACCUAGUCCAGUUGGCCCCGGCGAAAGACGAAGUCCUAUAAGACACCAUGAUAAUCUAAGACCUGAAGGUGCAUUUGAACGUCCUGAAAAAACAGGAUAUAAACCUGGAGAAAGGCCAAGUCCGAAGAAACCCCAGGAUAAUUUACGUCCAGAAGGAGAUUUUGAACGACCUGAAAAGCCCAAAUAUGCUCCUGGCGAAAGGCUACCAAUGAAGAAACCCCAAGACAACUUGAAACCAGAAGGUGAAUUUGAAACUCCCCAAAAGCCCAAAUACGGUCCCGGCGAACGUGCCCCCAUCGUCAAACACCCCGACAACCUUAAACCAGAAGGCGAAUUCAUCGCAACCCCCAAAAGCAAAGACGAUUUUAAACCAACUCGAGGCGAACGAGCACCUGUCAGAAAACCCCAAGACAAUCUAAAAAUAACAGGGGAAUUCCACGAUGUCACAAUGCAGAAAUCCCAGUUUGUUGCAACACGAGGCGAAAGAGCCGAAAUUCGAAAACACGAAGACUCACUCACUAUCGGUAACGGCAAAACCGAAUACAUCACCACAACGAAGGAGACAUUUGACAAAACACCGAAGAAACAAAUCACAACAACAACAACAACACCAGGAUCGAUCAACAGAAGACGCCACAUUGAAUCACACAUCACUUUGGGGAGUGACACAACAGUGAUGCAAACAACAAAUCAAAGCAACUACAACACCUACACGAAGAAAGUUGAGCGGAAGGAAGUUGAUGUUGCGAAGAACGACACCAAAUCAACCGCCAACAAAACCACCAGUGUUGCAACUGACACCAAAACUUUGGCCGACGGCACUGUUGUCACCACGACGAGGACGACAACUAAACAACAACAACAACAACAAGUUUCUGGUGAAGUCAAGCAAUCCCACGUGGUGCAAAAGCAGCAAGUUUCUGGUGAAGUCAAGCAAUCCCACGUGGUGCAUUCUGGUGAAGUCAAGCAAUCCCACGUGGUGCAUUCUGGUGAAGUCAAGCAAUCCCACGUGGUCCAAAACAACACUUCGCAAUCAUCAACCCACCACCGCAAGAACGUCAUGACAUCAGCUGAAGAGAUCAGCAACCAGAUCCUCCACAGGAAGGGUCUUCACACAUCUUCGGAAGCCCUCCAUGCGACCAGUUCCGCCGCCCUCGACAUGAGAAAAUCAAUCUGUAAUCUUCACGACCAAGGCCAUGUGAGCCAGAACAGCGAAAGGAGGAGUCUCAGCUCCAUCCAUCGGUCCACGCAAGAAAGCAACAUGGCCAACCGCCGCAGCCAUUUUGCAACAACUUACGAGACUGUUGAAAGGCCUCAGAAGAUCAUCCGGAAGGAUAAUCUCUCAGUGGGGGGGCAUUUCUACGGCCAAUCGGAAGCUAAGUCGUAUGGGGAGUUUACCAAACAGCAGAAUGUUCAAAGAGUUGAGAGGGUUUCCAGGAGGUCGAAUAUUUCGAAUAUCAGUUUGGGGGAUAGCUCGUCGACUGUUAUAACAUCGUACAAGAAGGAGUUUUUGCCGAGGAAUGUGGGGCCGUGUCCUGCGGUCUUGAUUGAUUUGCCCAAGAGUCCGCUGAAGCAUACGAGAGACACCAAGUCUCAUAAAUUUUAUGCACCGGUUUCUAGUAAAUAAGUGACAUUCCUAUUCGUACUCAUAGACUGUAAAAUUAACAUUCUAACAUUGUGAUACUUGUUAUUACUCAUAAUUUUAUUUUUAUAGAGGUAGAGGUUAGAAGUGAGACGGCUUUGGUCAGGAUUUUAUAUUUUGCUUGGGACUUUUGUAUCAAUUAUUAAUACUUGCCUAUGUUAUAGAUAUUUUUAUAUGAUUGUAUUACCAUAAAAAGCCAAUAAAAUUAACAGUUGAUUAA